AGUUCCUGCAGGACCGGUUGAUGCUGUAGUUCCUGCAGGACCGGGAGUUGAGACAACAUCUACGUCUGCAGGUGAUGCUGUAGUUCCUGCAGGACCGGGAGUUGAGACAACAUCUACGUCUGCAGGAGCUCCUCCGCCACCUCCACCACCAUCUCAGGCCUGGACAGCGCCUGCAGAAGCAGCGCCUGCAGAAACAGCGCAAAUCGACACUAGUACUGGUACUGCAGAAGAGUUGGAUUUGGUGGAUACAACAACUGCGGAAAAUGCUAACCCAUUCAUCACAACUUCAGCUGGGCCAGCACCAGUCGGAACCACGACAACCACAACCAGCGCUGUACCUGUAGUAAGCCCAACGACAAGCUCAACAACAACCACCACGACCACUACUCCACCACCUCCACCGCCACCAGCAACUACUACGAGUACAAGUGGAAAACCAGCUCCAGUAGCAGAGGAUGAAGACCCUUUUGCCGCCUUUGAUACAUCGUUUGCGGCACCAGACCCGUUGUUGAACCCGGUGGAUCCUUUGAAGGCGACUACGGAUCCUCUGACGAAGGCUGUGGCUGAUCCGUUGAAGUCUUUCUUCAACGCUGACGAUAUCUUCAAGGAUGAGGUUUUGUAAGAACAACUUCUGGCGAGUGGAGUUGUUAAGUAGAAGUAGUCUGUUAAACUGAAUACCUAAAUCAAUACAUAGCAACAACAGGCGCAACAAGUACUUAAUUCGUUCCAAAUCUUAAAAAGGUUAUAACCUAAAACUAUUGAAAAAUCUACCGUAAAUUCACUCGUAUUAAAUUCCUAAUUAUACAACCUCAGAUGCUAAUGCUAACACUUCAUGUCAUCCUGUUCUUUUUUAGCCAACGAACAGCAAAAUUAAAUCUACUUUUCGCAAAGUAAUGUUGUAGUUAUUCGAAAUAUUACCCUUUUUCGAUGCCCUACUGAAACUAAUCGUGGUGACAAUGUUCUCUUUCCUUUUGUCAGUUUACAAGUGUCGAUGUUUGCCGUUUAAUGUAAUAGAAAAUGAUAUUAUUGCCGGAUCCGCAUUCUAUCAUGAAGGCUAAGCUAGCUGUGUUUUCAAAUUGAGAAUCACGCAAAGUCGUCGCCUCCUCCACUACAAUACCAACUAAUAUCGAUAAGUCUAGGACCUCGACCCACCUUCAACAACGAUAACCAAAUGCAAAUCUUCAUAUUCGAUUCCGACAUCGGCGCUGGCCAAUUUAAGUUAUCUACUAACUAGCAAUAUUACUAUUAGAAGCCAAGCAUACUGAUUCCGACAAGUAUCUCAGUAUCAAAAGAGCUAUACAGCUUCAGCUCCGAAUCAAAGUGAUCCAUCAGCGACGUCUCUAUGGUUACAUUAGCAGUAGAAGUUCCUUGUAUCUUUUAACUAAAUUUUCCUGGAUAAAAACAUUGAUAGCAAGACAUUUCCAUCUAUUUUUUCCCGAUUGGAAUAUUGAAGUCGAUCAAAUUGAUUUUUGCCUCUCUGUACACCAACAAAAAUCUACAAAUAUGAGGAAAAAUAAUCGAGGACCUCGGGUAACAGGACAUUUCACUCAAAUUUCUUGGGAUUUUCACAUCAAGUUUUCGUCCUACGAAAACGGUCAACACAUUUGUUUUUACUGUUUCUCGUGGUGCCAGCACCUUGUCUCAUAUUUAUAUCAUGAUUGUGCAUAUUUUUCGAUGAAAUUUGCUUACAACUUGCAGGGAAUGCCAGAACGGAUAAAAGGGUCGUCUCAUCCUUUAUCGGACGAGAGUUGAAUAGAUAACACCCACCAUUCACAUCUUCACUAGAAGAGUGUACUUAAUACAUCACUGUCGAUGUGCAUAUUGUUGAUGAUCUUCACAUGAAGAUGUAGUUAAGAAACGACAACAUGAGAAUAGUUUGUCGUGUUCUUCAUCAUCUGGAGACCACGAGAUGAAGAUGUACUCCUUAAGAGCCUUGUUGAUGCUACUUCAUUACAAGCGAGAAGAAGCCUAAUUCUUCGUCCAUGUCCAUCAACUUUUUACUUUGAUGGCCUUCGUCUAUUUUUUCGGACUUCAAACUCGGACCAGAACACUUUAGUGAAGAUAGUUUGGAAGAAGUGCCUUGUUAUGCGAAACAAGCAUUUCACGCAGCAAGACCUACUCGUCUACACGCGCUUGACUGCCCAUAUUACGCCAGGAAGUUACUUACUUUCAUCGCAUUCUUGUUUGUUACUGGAGGCUCGGGAGGAUCUGUGUUAAGCAUGCAAUGAUCGUUCUUUAGUCAAGAGGGUUCGAUUUUUCUGUGCACGAAAUGGACCGAAAG